AUGUACGACAAUUUCUCUUCUUGUUGACGACUCCUGCAGAAGGCGGCGACGGUGACAGACAGACGUACACGUGAAGCAGUUCGCCCUAAAUUAACAACACGUGAAGUGGUAACAUUACUACCACCGUCACCAACAGUGAGAUUAAACUGCAGCGCCAGCAGGAGUAAACCUUCAGGCAACUUGCACGGGUACAUAAAGAAGAGACACCAGCGCCCCCGAGCAUCGCCAGUAUGAUUCACGAAGAGGACGACCCUAAGGAGUACCGUUGGGAGAGUGGAUAUGAGAAAACAUGGGAGGCUAUUCAAGAAGACGAUUCAGGUCGCUUGGAACCAUCUGUCACGGAGAUGAUCCAAAGAGCAAAGCGGAGGAGACUUCUAGAUCGAGAGGCCAGUGUGAGGCUAGGAAUAAUGCGUCAUGUAUAUAUUAUCCUGGAUCUGUCUCAAGCAAUGUCAGAGCAGGACUUGAAGCCCACACGACAUAUCUGUACUCUAAAGAUUCUUGAGGCUUUUAUUCGAGAAUUUCAUGAACAGAACCCCAUCAGUCAACUGGGAAUAAUUACCACUCAGAAUAAGUUAGCCAAGAGACACAGUGAGCUAAGCAAUAACCCCCAACGGCAUCUAGAUUGUAUCAAGAAACUACAAGAACUGCCUUGCAGAGGAGAACCUUCGCUACAAAAUUCUCUGGAAGUGGCACUGUCAUCUCUGCGUCACCUCCCACCACACACUUCUCGAGAGAUUCUUAUCAUCUUUGCAGCUUUGACUUCCUGUGAUCCAGGUGAAAUUGGAGCUACUAUACAAAAAGUGAAGGAUGCAAAUAUUCGAGUGUCAGUGGUAGGUCUUGCAGCAGAGCUACAUGUUUGCAAAGACAUCAGUAGAGACACUGGGGGUUCUUUCUCAGUGUGUAUUAAUGAUCUCCACCUGAAGGAGUUGAUUCAUGACCACUUGGAGCCCCCACCUGCCUCUGUUAAAAUGGAUCAUACACUCAUCAAAGUUGGCUUCCCGCACCAGAUUAAUGCUGAUGCUAAACCUGCUUUAUGCAUGUGUCACUUGGAUGAUUUACCGCCUCUCAACACUCGUGGCUAUUACUGCCCCCAGUGCACAGCCAAGUACUGUGAUCUUCCUGCUGAAUGUCGGGUGUGUGGCCUCAUGUUAGUUACAGCACCACAUCUGGCACGAUCAUAUAGACAUCUCUUCCCACUGAAACACUUUGAGGAAAUAUCAGCAGUGGAUAUUUCAGCUAAGAGUUGCUAUGGGUGCCAAAAGCUAUUCACAGAUUCUACAGCAGAUAAAAAAGUUUAUGUUUGUCGAACAUGCAGACAAGUUUUUUGUUUCAAUUGCGACAUUUUCCUCCAUGAAACGGUUCACUCCUGCCCAGGAUGUGCUUCUAAUCCUACAAUUUCCCAAUACAAUACGAGCUAGGAGCCUGUGUAUUGACCCUUGUACACAUUGCACGUUUGAUAUACUGUAUUCACAAUAAAGUUAUCAUUUUGAAUAUUUUCCUAUAAACAAGAAAGUAGGUAAGAAAAACAAAAUAGCAUGUUGAAAAUUUAUGUCAAAUUGUGUUAGAAACCAACUUGUCCAAAGAACUAAAUUUUCUGAAUGUUCUAAAUCAUAGAACUAAAAAUUAAUGAUGACCAAACCACACGUCAGAAUAUGGAGAAACGACAACGUUCCGAUCCGUCCUGGACCAUUAUGAAGUCGUGUGAAUCACACGACUAGAUAAUGGUCCAGGACAGACCCAAGCAUCAUCAUUUCUCCAAUUUCUGGCGUGUGGUUUGGUCAUCAUAUCUUCAGCCACAUUAUUGCGACUCAGUGUCUGCAAAUAAGAAAUUAUAUAGUUUGACAAAUGGUAUUUACUUUUGAUAAAUACUGGUAUUUAAUUCACAAAACUGCCUUGAUGUGGGAUCAAGGUUACCCAGUACUUUAUCAAUAAUUUAAAAUUUAGAUGGAAAUGGUGAAGUAAAAAUUGGUUGUACUCUGCUCAAGUCAUUGGCCAUCCCUCUUUAUGUUAAUUUGGGAAUAGUAUAUAUAAAAAAAUACACUGAAUUUUUUGUUUUCCUAUACAUGCUUUUAAGUGUUGGGUUUUGUGCAGGCAAAGGAAUAGAGUUUUGAUCCAACAAUAUAUUGGCAUAUAUGGUCAGGUAAUAGAUGGUUUGGUUUUGGAGUCAUUUCUUAUGUGUGUGAUCAUUUUUAUUUGCAUAUAUUCUUAUUUUUAGUUUGGACAGUGCGCAGCCAUUUUGUUUAUUUGUAGUGAAAUUAUCAUCUAGAAUUUGAGAAAUAAUUUUAAGUGUUGCUUUUUGAACUGUGAUAAAGAUGUUAUGGUUUAGGAACAUUAAUGUUUACCCAUAAUUACAAAUCAUUAUUUAAGAACUGUUCUGUAUGUUUCACUCAAUUUUGUGUUUUAAAAAGUUAUAUAUUACCAUAUAUGUUUUAUCACAUAUCAUCUGUAUUUCCAUUUUUCAUUUUCUUUGGUGAGGUGAUAGAUCAUAGGUGAUCAGCACGAAAAGGGUGCCUGACCUUUCAUGUCAUACCCUACAGUCUAAUGGAGGCACCACAACUUGUGAUCAAGUACAAUUAGGUUUGCCUCAUUUCUCAUGAGUUGCCAUUUGCAGUACGACCCCUUAUUACUCCUUCAAACUGCUGCCACUCAGUCUGGUUUCCUACCUUUCUCCACUUUCUCACAUAUUCGUCUGCCAUGUCCUGUGAUCUACCUGAUCUUCCUCUCACCUUACACACAACUUCACUCUAAUACGGGUACUUUCUUCCCUAGCCUGUCUUCAUUCUUUUGAUCAUCAUGCCCAAACCAUCUGUGUUACAUUGCUCAAUACUGUACUGUUACUGUGGAGGUAUGUGCAGGCAUUAGAAAGAACGAGAGGACUUUAAUAUAUAUUUGUAUAAAUGUUUCUUUAUA